UCUACAGUAGCCGGUGUCGCCAUACUGGCCUAGGGAAAUGGGGCAUCCCGAAUCGCCAUAGAUUUUGCACCCAACUGCAGCAGAAAUAAUAGGACAAAGCCUCUCUCAACUCUACCAUAUUCAUUUCACGCAAUAAAGCGAAGGACAGCUCCUUUAAAAACCUCUUUAACCAUCCUCAACUGCAUUCUCUGCUUUUUCAGACAACGCUUUCAUCUUCUUCCCUUGCUCUGCUUCGCCAUUCUUCAUCACUCACGCGAUCCUCGGAGAGCGAGCAGUGAAAGAAAAUGAAGCAUUUCGCGUUGCCUCUUCUCGUCGCCAUUGUCGUCCUCCACCAAGCUUGUUUCCACGCCCGCCAAGUGGAGGCCGGCGAUGGGUUCGUGAGGGCCAGAGGGAUACACUUCCUGCUGAACGGAAGCCCUUACUACGCCAACGGCUUCAACGCUUACUGGCUGAUGUACAUGGCCUCUGACCCUUCCCAGAGGCACGAGGUCUCGGCUGCGUUCAGGGAGGCCUCGAGCCACGGCCUAACAGUUGCCAGGACUUGGGCCUUCAGCGACGGUGGCUACAGGCCUCUUCAGUACUCCCCGGGUUCCUACAAUGAACAGAUGUUUCAGGGGUUGGAUUUUGUGAUAGCUGAAGCCAGAAGGUAUGGGAUCAAGCUGAUACUGAGCUUAGUGAAUGACUAUGAGAACUUCGGAGGGAAGAAGCAGUAUGUGAAUUGGGCUAGGAGUCGAGGGCAGUACUUGACGUCUGAUGAUGAUUUCUUCAGGAACGCUGUUGUCAAAGGUUUUUACAAGAAUCACGUCAAGACCAUUCUCUAUAGAUAUAACGGGUUCACUGGAGUACACUACAAGGAUGAUCCAACCAUCAUGGCUUGGGAGCUCAUGAAUGAGCCUAGAUGCACAUCAGAUGCUUCAGGAAGAACCAUUCAGGCUUGGAUAAUGGAAAUGGCUUCUUUCGUGAAAUCAAUAGACCGGAAUCACUUGCUUGAAGUGGGUCUGGAAGGAUUUUAUGGACAAUCAACUCCUCAGAGGAAGGGGCUUAAUCCUGGCUUCGAUAUUGGAACUGACUUCAUCGCGAACAAUCGCAUUCCCGGGAUUGACUUUGCCACCAUUCACUCGUAUCCGGACCAAUGGGUAUCAAGUUCGAAUAAUCAGUACCAGCUUUCCUUCUUGAGCAGUUGGCUCAAUUCCCAUAUCCAAGAUGCUCAGUACGUCCUCAGGAAGCCGUUACUCCUGACAGAGUUCGGGAAAUCAUGGAAGGACCCAGGUUUCAGCACUUACCAGAGAGACCAGCUCUUCAACAUGGUCUACUACAAGGUGUAUGCGUCAGCUAAAAGAGGUGGGGCGGCUGCGGGAAGCCUGUUCUGGCAGCUUCUAACCGAAGGCAUGGACUCAUUCCGAGAUGGUUAUGAGGUCGUCCUCAGCCAGAGCCCCUCGACUGCGAACGUCAUUGCGUAUCAGUCCCACAAGUUGUAUCAGAUUCGAAAGAUCUUCGCAAGGAUGAGAAACGUUGACAGAUGGAACAGAGCACGGAGUGCACAUAACAGGGGAACGCCGAAUGGGAAUUGAGAGCGUGCAUUUUAGCAAAACACUAUGCCGGUUUCGCGAAAAUCUAAAGAGUUACAGAUUACAAUGAUGUUAUGUUUGGGAGUGGGCAACCUCUCUUUAGUGAUGAGUUGGUUUCUCGUCCAGGAGGGUAAGCUAAGAUUAAGCAUAAAUGUGUGAUCUUUAUAGGUUUCUGCUCAUGUUGAGGGCAUCAUCCGCCAUUUCAGAAGCUGUUGUAUGGGAGCUUAAUCAGUAACGAUGACUUUAAAUGGUUUCAAAU